AUGACUCAAUUCUUCUUUUUGUCAGGGAGGCUCCUGAACAUCCAUCCCUCUCUACUGCCUUCAUUCAAAGGGGUCAAUGCCCAGCAACAGGCUCUCCAGGCCAGAGUGCUAAUAACUGGCUGUACUGUCCACUUUGUAGCUGAAGAGGUUGAUGCCGGCGCCAUCGUGGUCCAGGAAGCGGUUCCGGUGUUGAUUGGAGACACAGAGGAGAGUCUUUGUGCCAGAAUCAGGGAGGCUGAACAUAAAGCCUUUCCUAAAGCUCUGGAGCUGGUGGCCAGUGGAGCCGUGCAACUGGGACCAGAUGGAAACGUCAUCUGGAAGAAAGAGAAUUAAAAUGUCUUUAAUAAUGCAUGAUUGAUAAUGUUAACAAUUUACAAUAAAGUACAUUACUGAAUAUAUGAA